GCAGAUCGCUAUCGGUCACUGCUCGUUUCUUGCAUUAGAUAUGUAAAUAAACAAGAAUUGUGUGGAGUGUAUGUAAAUUUCACAAAUCAAAGGUGGAAACCUCUCAUAAUUCAAAAUACAAACCAUAUCAUCAAGCAAAACCAUAAAAUAAUCAGAUUUCCUCAAGAGAAGCAUUCCUACUCUCAAGGUUAUCCUUCUCCAUUCACCAAGAUAUGCCAAUCUCAAAAUCUAUGUAACAGAGAAUCAGAUACAAUUCUCUGCAAAUGGUUUUUCUCUUCAAAAUCAAAUCCUUAUGCAUUUAUAACCAUAUAAAUACGCAAUCACAACAUUAUAAAUCUCAUUAUAAAAUCAAACCAACCAUGUCUGACCGAUCCGGCCGCAAGAAGCAGCCAUUUCGCUUCUGGUUUCCUCCAUGGAGAAGCUCAACCCAAGCUCCAAAACAACUUAAACCUCCUCCCAUUCCCCCCCAAUUGCCACCACCUUCUCCGCCUUCCCCACCGCAACACGAUGAUGCUCGAACACAUCUGCCGCCGCCGCCAUUGCCAUCUCCAUCACCUCCGCCGUCGCCACGGAGCAUUCCUUCCUCCUCAAGUCCGGAAAGAAGGGAACUGCUUCCACAAGCUGAAACACCAAGAGCUCAAGUUGAUUCAGAGGAAGAGAAAACCAGAACAGAAUAUGAAUCAGAACGAGUUACAGAAACUGAAACUAGUAGCGUUGAGCCAACCUCGGCUCAGUUAACUGAGGAGAUGAAACCGGGGGUGAAUUUGGAGGCUCGGAAAGAUUCUGAAGCUCGGAUAGAAACGAUUCAAGAAGAAAAACCUGAACUUGAUUCAGAAACUCAACAGCUUCAGCAGCAGGAGGAGAUUAGUCCUACUGAAACUAAACAAUUAACUGAAGAAUUUCAGUCCAAAGAAGCAGCAGCAGCCGAGGAGGAAGUCGGUGAAGAGACGAAGCAGGCAAGCGAGCCCAAAAUCUCAAUCAAAGUAUCUGAUUUAAUUUCACCAGUUAGAACUACAGAACAAGAAACACCUGAAGAAUCUAAAAAUGGCGCUUUUAAAGAAUCAAUAAGACAGAAAUCCGCCAUGAAAGAAAGAAGGAUUACCAUUUCCACCAAGCCACGCGUUUCUUCUCAUGAGCAGAAAGAACUUAAAGAUGGACUCUCUAGACUAGUUCAGGAACAUCAAAAUAAGUUGGGAAAUGAACACGGUGUGAAUAUUAUAACAUUAGCUAGCGAAAACCAGGGGGCAGUCAUGUUCAUAGGCCAUGAAACUCAUCCGGGGAAGAAGGUAGGGAAGAGCAAUGAAACAAAGGAAGAUAAUUUCCAUAAGAUGAAAGGAAAUCAGUCCAUUAUUGCUAGUAUAAACAGUAAUGUGCAGGGCAUAAACAGCUCAAUCAUGGAUGAAACUAAAUACAGAGAGAGAAACCCAGGAGUUCAUAUGACUAUCUCUACCAAGCCAACUGCGCCAGUGAGCUUCAGAGAGAAAGCAGAAUUAAAAAAGGCAGCUUCCAGCAUUUCUGCACCGCAGAAGCUAACUUAUGAGCCCAACAUCAGAAGGCGAUGCCUCAGAGCUCUCUUUAUGGAGUCGAGUGAAGAAGACGAGAAGAAUUUUCAGAAGACCCGACGCCAUGGCUGCCGGUUCUCUUGUGAUGAUAAAAGGCAAGGUAAAGUAGAAGACAGUGGAGCUUCAAGAAAGAUAUGAGCUUGCUGUUCCUGAAGAUUCAAAAGCUCAAGCUUUGCUGAUUUGAACUAUGUAAAUUUGUCUUAACUUGAAAAAUCAGUAUUAUCUGUAAUCAUGGAGUCGCCAUUAGAGAAGUUCUUGGAUGAAUUUGGCUGUUAUUAAAGAGA